AUGAAAAAGCUCUUUUCUUCAAUUAAAAAUGCAACAACUCAGUUAGCUAAAGGACUUUUUUCUUCAAAAGAAGAAACAUAAUAAUAAGAGAAUAAAUAAGAUAUGACUCCUGAAGAAUCUAAAUAAUAAUGUAAUUUAGUAUUUAGAAAAUAGAUGAUGAUUACAUUAAAAGUUAUUUAGAUUCUCAUAAAGAAUUGAAAGUAAACAUAUUGACAAAUCGAAUAUACUUUAAUAAUGCAGUGCUUGAUUUAUCCUGGAGAAAAAUAUUAGAGAUAAAAAAUCUAUAUGCUAAUGAAAGAAGAAUAAAUUUCUAGCCAAAAUUAGUUAUUUUAGAAUAAUAACAUUGGGAGAGAGUUGUAAUUCAAGUUGCUGAAUUAAUUUAAUCUUAUUAUAACAUUCAAAUUUAUUAUGAUAGAUAAGAAUUAAUAAGAAUAGUAAUUAAUUAAUUUUAUUUUAUAGAUCAAAUAAAAAGUUUUGGAGGAAUAAUGUAUAAAGAUUUUAUUUAGUAAAGAAGAAAUGAAAGACUAUUUUUAAUUUUAUGAAUAAUCAGAUAUUAUGCUUAUUUAAUUGAAAUAAUAAUUUCCUCAAUUAACAUAUGAAUAUUCUGAAUCUUAAAUUAAGGAAAUAUAUAAGUAAUAUAUAAUUGACAAAGCUUUUGAAUUAUACAAAUUUGAUGAUUGUGAUGAAUUCAAAGGAAUCAAAUUAUUUCAUGAUGAUGAAGAAGUUUUAAAAUGGUUUAAGAGAAAAUAAGCUAUAGCACCUUGA